AUGCCUCCGCCGUUCAAGUCAUCCCAUCCGCUGUUGGUGUGGCCGCGCAGCGAUGGCGAUCCUUCAACAUUUCCUAAGGAGGGUCCGGUCGGCAACCCAACUGGUUGGUGGGAGAAGCUGCCUCUUGACCACGCGAAAUACAAACUCUAUCGCACCAAAAUCGGCGCCUACCUAGCCAGCGAGGUCUACCAGCUUCCUGGCCAUGUCUCCAAAGACGCCUUCAUUGAUAUGCCCGAGAAAUACGCGCUCUUCAGCUUUUACAAACCUCAAGAGGGACGUUCAGUACGCGAGGACACAUACCUCUUUUUCCGCGCGACGCCAGAGUUUGAGGAGCAUGCGAGGUGGUUGAUGGACACUUCGCUGCCUCUCAAUGACCACAGCCAGUGGAACCCAAAAUCCGACAUUGCCAAAGCCAAGCGUGCAGCUAGCGCUGCUAACAAUGGUGGAGGUGCUGGCGGUGCUGGAGCCGCUGCUGGCCCCUUGAAGAAGCGUAGCACGAGUGUGGACCGUGAGCCUAAAAGGCCCCGCAACACCGAAAUGGACGACUACGACGGUGUCGUCACUGAGCGCGCCAUUGAUAUUCGCACCAAGCGCCGUUUCCGCAAGGGCGAGUUGGUCUUCUUCCGCAUCAAGACCAUCCCGGCUCCCUCUGGCACCAACCUACCUGACAUUACACACUGGCCCGGUCUCGUUUCGUCUGUCACCUCAAAGUCCGACGUCGUCCGCAAUGGUACCGACGCUGCGGCAUCUGCCUCCGUGGCUUGGUCCAUGGCGGGCGGUGCUGCGCCCCCGACGCUCCAAAAGGAAACGGUCAAGGUUUCCUACCGGCACGCUAUCCGCGCGCUCGGCAUGUUCUCGAACUCGUACGAGGUGACCGACGUCGACACUGCCGACAUUCUUCCUUGGGCGGUUGGACCAGAGCUCCUGGGCGGACCCGAGGGCUGGGACAAGAUCGGACAAGAGUCCGAGCGCACGCUUGUCGAGGGCGUCCAGCGCGAGGCCAAACUGGAUGCUCCCAAGGUAGAGGACCUGUCGGGCCCCAAGCUUGAGGAGAGAUGGAAGAGGAGGUGGGGUGAGCGGAUCAAGUUCCCUGACAUGCCCGCCAACUGGGAAGCGGCAGUGCUGCGCCUGGGUGUAGCGAUUAGGACUGCCAAGAACAUUGCCGGUUCGUGGUCGCAGACUGACAAGAUUGAGGUUGUUCCACACAACUCGAUCAUGUCUGCCGAAGACGUCGAGGCAAUUCAAAACCGGAAGAAGACGCUCUUCCAGGGCCUGUGGUUGCAGGGCGAGCGCAUUUGGCUGGAUGACAUGGUGAUCCUCCGCAAGCACCGCUCGUCUCUUCCUGUGGGCCCCCUCCUUGCACCCAGUCCUGGGUCCGAAAACCGCGCCGUCGUCCUGCACAUUCGGUGCAUCUGCCUCGAGAUUUACCAAGACGAACAACCGGCGGCGCAAGUUGACGCGGACAACUGGCGCUGUCUUCUUUACGGCGACAUUUACGAAUUGUCGUCCACCCCGGUUGACGACCAGCCCGAGCUCCCCGAGAAGCCACCCGCAGGUCUCUACUUCCGCCGCCUCAACGACUCGGGUAGUGAAGUCACACUCGAUGUGUUCGAUGUCGUUGGCCGUACUUACCCCGACCUGUUGGACAAGGACGCGGGCUACUUCUGUCCUCCCACCACGACCGACCGCAAGGGCCGUGUCCCAGCUGGAGAGCGCGUGACGGGCCUUCUCGGUCUCCACCCAGGAUCGGACGUCGAGGCCUACGCCACUGUUUGGAAGGGUAAAGAUCGCCUGCUAUCACUCCUCAAGCUGACUCCAGACGACCUGUAUGUAAUGGUCAGGGACGCCACCUCCAUGGCCGAACAGCAAGUUCGCGAGCACUACGCCAGCUGCUUGCGUGUUGCUCUUGGAUACCCUCUCCCAUCUCCGACCUCGACCCAGAACCCGACGCAAAAGUCCAAUGGCGGCACCUGA